AUGAUCGCCAGCGGAAGCGUGAGCGCUAUGGAAGCAAGACAAGCCAGUGCGAACAGCGCAAAGAAGCGUCGGAGAGUUACAAAGCACACCGACUCUGGCGCUCCCAAGAAAUUUGCAUGCGACUGGCAGGGCUGUGAUAAGGUCUUUAGCCGACCGGAUCAUUUGAGCCGCCAUCGCCUCAAUCAUGAGCCUGUGCACAUCUACCGCUGCGAACGCUGCCCCAAGACCUUUGUCAGAGCUGACUUGCUGACUCGACAUGUCGAACGGCACGACAAACGUGAUUUGCUGGCAGAAUCCGGCGAGUCGCCACAGCGCGGCAGGGUGAGGCAAAGGCGGAAGAUGACGCGACAGGACACGAGAGCACAGAGGCCAUCGCAGACCGCGCGGCAGCCGUCUGAAGGCACUUCAAACGAACGAGAUAGCGACGAUGACCAUACAUCGGACGAGAUGGACUCACCCGACUUACAAACGAGCAUGCACAGCGCUGCUAAUGCACUCCUGCAAGGCCGGAGUCAGUACGAGCCCUCCAAUGGAUCGUAUCUGCCCAGCGCGAUUCAAGCACCUCGCGAUCCCAAUCGCUUGCCGCCGCUCGCCAGCGCCAUGUCGAGCUUGCCGAGCUAUCCCUCUCCGCCUCCAGGUGCUCACUAUGCCUACCAUCCAAUCGCUGGCCAAUCCGAGUUCUAUGGGUAUACGCCUGCUUCAAGAUCGCCGUUCAGUAUGUCUCAUCCUUUGUCGCAUUCUGUCUACGGGCCCGGAACAUCGCAGCACGCUCAGUCACCCUCGUCAAUGUCGUAUUCCAGUCCGCGUUCGGCAUCGAUAUUGCAGCCACCAAGACCCUCAUCGGUCGAGCAGUCGUACUAUUCGGGUCAUCAGCAUUCUCAGAGCGUAGGAUCGGAUCGGCCAUCACCUGCUAGUCUGGCAAAUGCUUCUUACGUGCUCGACAUACAGCGACCGCCAUCAGCUACGCGGGGAACAUUGGCCAGCUUACUCCUGCCUACGCCAGGCGCUGCCGUACACGAAGAGAGGACCAAGCUACAUCAAAGCUCGACGAACUUACCGCACAGGACGGUCUCUGCUUCUACAGGAGAGGCUGCAUCGCCGCCCGUACCGGCACGGCAGUCGCACGGUCUGCAUCCCCAAGGAUCGCCAGUCGUGUCAUAUCCUUCCCCGGGCUACGGCGCCGCACAGAGCAAUGUGCGCUCAGCACACUCGCCACUCGCUCAACAGCAGCUCGACAGCAACGCCAAUGCGUUCAGAAUACAGCCGGAGCGUAGUGACAGCGCCAAUAGUGUUCUGACCGGCGAGACUGCUUUCGCAGGCUUCCCUGGCAUCAGCGAUCAGAUGAUGGAGUCUAUGAUCUCGACUGCCAACAUUGCAGCGAGUACCAACGGCAAUCUAUCGCAAAACCCACGAAUGAGCUUCGAGGCGCCCUUCUUCUCUGCUCAAGAUUAUCAGUGGCUCUUCGAUGGCAUGCAGGGCUUCCAAGAUCCGCCUGGCUUCAUCUCGUCUGCGCCCACGAGCGUAGAGCAUUCACGAACGAGUCCUGCUUUGCAAGGCACAUCCACGCCCCUACUCCCGCCAGAGAUCGCGCAAGUACCAGAGCCUGAGCCCGAAAAGGUGCCUGGCGCCAUCAUGGCUGGACCUCCGCCGCCCACACCGAUCAAGCGUGCUCCGCCUUUCAAGACCGAACCAGGUGUACCGCCAGAUGACCGGACCGACGCGACUUCACUGAUCAGUGAGCGUACAUAUAACAAGAUCAUCGAUCAUCUCGAUGAUGUCAAGUUUGCCGCGAAUGCCUUCUCGCCCGCAGCAGCGACGGACUAUCUGACGCUUUUCUGGACCAACUUCAGCGAGGCGCAAUGCCCGCUCCUACAUCGACCAACGUUCCGUCCAUGCGAAGCGCAUCCCGCACUCCUUUGCGCAAUGAUCAGUAUAGGUGCUUACUGUGCUGGUCCCGAAGCGCUCGAGACGGCCAGAGCAAUACACACCAAGCAACGAGUUCGCAUUCUGUCCUCACCUGGCUUUAAACCUCGCGCAGAUCUCUGGUUCAUUCAGGCAAGCAUACUAUGUAUCAUCUUUGGCAAGCUCUGCGGCUCCAGACUCGAUCACGAGAUGGCACACGUCCACUGGGGCAGCCUGAUGACGGUCUAUCGUAGAAGCUCACUCUUCUCGCCACGUAUCGUUGCCGUUGAACCUGGCUACCUGCAAAACGAUCUCGAUGGCCGCUGGCGGACAUGGAUCGAAGAGGAAUCUCGCAAACGCUGUGCAUUCUACGUCUUUGCGCUCGAUAUUUCGCAUUCUGCGAUCUUCCGACACACGCCCUCGCUCAGUGCUUUUCAGAUCCAGCUCACUCUGCCUUGCUUCGAAGACGAAUGGAUUGCUCCGACUGCGGAGAUAUGGGAGCCCAUGAAUCAGGCAGCGGUCGCCCCGCCUGCUUUCAUCUCAGCUCUCAAGUCGUCGCUCAAGGCAGGUCUCACUGCUGGCCCGCUGAGCCCGUCGGCGCGCGUAGCGGUGCUGCAUGGCUUACUGUCCAUUACGUUCGAUCUCAAUUGGAGAGAUCACUUCCUUCUUGGCCUCGAUCAGGUCGACGCGCCCCAGAAGGAGUGGAGAGAGACCAUCUCAUCUGCACUCAACGCGUGGAAAGCGCGCCUCGACUCGGCACUCCUGACCGCGACAUACCCUUCCAACGCGAUCUUACGCGGAUCGAUCCCGAUCUAUGCAAUUUCCCACACCACGCUUGCCAUUGAUUGUCAUCAGCUUCAGAUCUUUGCAGGCGCACAAUCUGCCCUUGGUCUCGCUGUUCCCGGUCAGGUCAUCGAGGCUACGCGUGUAUCAGUCGUCACCUGGGCUCAUUCGCGCGACGGACGUGCUGCUUGCUGGCAUGCUGCACAUUUUCUCAGAUCGACACUAAUGCACCACAACCAAGGACUAUUUGCACUCUCCUCGUCCCUCUAUCAUGUCUGGGCAGUCUACCUUUGCGCACUUGUCGUCUAUGCGUACGGCGUUUCGACAGCCGCGUCUGCUGGCGAUGCAAAGAGCUUGGCCAACGCCAACCGUGUCGAAGAUGCACUCGUCUAUCUUGAUGCAAUGUGCACCAAUUCGCCCGAAGAGCUUUUGAAGGUGUCUAUCGGCUCGAACUGUCUCGGUCUCAUCGCAGCUGUGUGGAAGAUCGUUCGCGAAAGCAAAUGGGAUAUCGCGCAAGAAGCGGCUCGUUUGCUUCAGCGCAUCGUCCGGCCUGCGCCUUCGAGCAGGAGAACACUAACUUGA